CUUGCUACUUUGGUGCCGUCAUGUCACGUCGUUUCUUCGCCGAUCCAUUGCUAUCUCUCGAGAGACUACCUAUAUCUAUGCACCUUCCUUCGUCCAGCUUUUCCAAGUUCUUUCUUCAAGCUCAGAUUUCGCGCGGCCUUAACCGUUGCAACGAUGGAGAACGAAAAAACCAUUACCGAGGGUUAUGCGCCAGAACAAGACCGUCGACUCUCGAUUCACGCAGCUCCCCUUGACGCCACCCCCAAGACGAGAUGGGAACGCAGCUGGCCUACAAUCGCCUGUGGUGCUGGUCUGUUCUCUGAUGGCUAUCUCAAUGGGGUAUGUCUCCUACAGCCUUGCACCACCUGGAAUGCCUUGCUAACUUACUUCUCGGUCAUUGGCUCGGUCAACACCAUGCUUAAAAUUCUAUACAAGGACGAAUACAGCAAUUCCAGCGCUCAGAGCAACGUUACCUCGAUCGCCUUUGCUGGUACCGUCGUAGGCCAACUAGCUUUUGGCUAUCUAUCCGACCACUGGUCUCGACGACAUUCUCUACUCAUUUCGACCAUCAUCCUGAUCGUCUUCGCCGCUCUCGGUGCCGGCUCUUAUGGCGCGGGGGGUAGCAUUGGGGGCCUUUUCGCUGCACUCACAGCAUAUCGUUUCCUCCUCGGGAUUGGUAUCGGUGGCGAGUACCCAGCCGGAAGCGUAGCCUGUGCAGAAGCGACUGGCGAACUCAAACGAGGCCACCGCAACCGAUGGUUUAUCUGCUUCACAAACCUUGCCAUCGAUGUUGGCUUCGUUGUCGCCUCGCUUGUGCCGAUGAUCAUGGUCCUCAUCUUCAGUGAAAAUCACCUGCGAGCCGCCUGGCGCAUGUGUCUUGGCCUGGGCGUCAUUCCACCCUUGUCUCUGCUGUACCUGCGGAUCAAGCUGCAAGAACCCGAAGAGUACAACCGGAACAAAAUGAACCACUACCCCUACUGGCUGAUCCUCAAGUUCUACUGGUUUCGUCUCACGGUUGUGUCGCUCAUCUGGUUCAUCUACGACUUCUCGUCGUACUCCUUCGGCAUCUACUCGUCGUCCUGGCUAGCCUUCCUCCUCCCCGCCACAGCACCCCUGUGGAAAACAUUCGGCUGGAAUACCGUGAUCAAUCUGUUCUACUGCCCUGGUGCAGUUACCGGCGCUUUCCUAUCCGACCUUAUCGGUGCAAAAUACUGCCUUGUUCUGGGUGUUUGGCUACAGGGCAUAGUUGGCUUCAUCAUGACCGCACUUUACAAACAUCUCGACCAACCUUCUCAAGUCGGCGGCUUCGUCGUCAUCUACGGCAUCUUUCUAGCACUCGGCGAGGUCGGCCCCGGCGACAACAUCGGCCUGCUGGCCUCGAAGACUUCGGCCACCUCGGUACGAGGUAUGUAUUACGGCAUAGCCGCUGCAUGCGGCAAAAUUGGUGCAUUCGUCGGCAACUACGUUUUCCCCGACAUCAUCAAGGCUGCUGGCGACAACGUCAUCAAGCAAGGCCAGUAUCCAUUCUAUGUUUCCAGUGCGCUGUGCAUCUUCAGUGGGCUGAUCGCGCUGGUAUUCCUGCCGAAUAUUGGCCAGGACACCAUCACGGAAGAGGACGAGCGUUUUAGAGCGUACCUGAUCGAGCAUGGGUAUGAUGUCUCAACCAUGGGAACGAAGAAGUUCCACGAAGCGAAGACCCUUGCGAAUAGUGCUUAAAAGUGCCUCGGCACUUUAAGACGGACGGGAAUGGUUGGCGAGGGUUACAGGGUAACGACUUCUUUAUGAGGAAUUUACCCCGGGCCGUAAGCUGUUCGUCUAUGGCCUAUCACGUAUAGCCAUUGACAUCGUCUUAACAAGGUUGCUUGAUUACACUGAAUCGAAGUGGAAGCAGCGGCAGACCCAGAUAAACCUCCAAUGUCAAGCAGACUGCAGCAACCGCAGUAGAAGGUUAAUUUAUACGAUGUAAUAUGAGACCGAUCUUUCUAGAUUUGCUCUUUCUCCUUGCUUUGGGCUCCUGGAACAGUCCUUGAUAGCGGAGAUUCAGGAUGAUGUGUCUGACUACCUCACAAAGGGCGUACUUUGCCAGACCCCGCUUCUGGAGCUCCUUACCAAAGGAUUGAGC